GGCGCAGGGCGUACAAACGGAGCGCCCUGCCCAGCGCCCAAAAACCUCCACGUGAGGGAUGGGAACAGCUGACAGGCGGUCACGUGAUUCUCAGGGCAGCUGGGAUCGCUGCGAUAGUGGCGCAGAGGGAGCAGGCUGCUGGCGGGCGGUUCCAGUUCCGUGAGAGGCUAUACUCUGAAGAAUGCUAGAUGACUGAAUAGUCUGCAAAACUGAAAACAAAAGUAAUUAACCCAAAAGCACAACAGAAACUGAAAGACUGCCAUUUGGAAAAAGUCAUGGAACAAGAACAGGAUCCUGCUAUUCUAGAAGAUGCAAACAUUAAAGCUAUUAAAGAAGAGUUCAAGAAAGCCUUUCUCUUUGUCAAUAAAGGACUGAAUACAGAUGAAUUGGGUCAAAAGGAAGAAGCAAGGAACUACUAUAAGCAAGGACUUGACCACUUGCUUAGAGGAGUUAGCAUUCCAUCACAGGGUCCUGAAUGUACAGGAUCCCAGUGGGACUCUGCCAGACAAAUGCAGCAAAAGAUGCAAGAGACUUUACAAAAUGUUAGAACUCGGAUGAAUAUUCUAGAACAAAAUACCCCUGCAAUGCAAACUAAUGCCAUCACAAUGAAUGUGCCUCUAGAGGAGCCCAAGUUAUACCCAGUGAUUCCCACUAAUGAAAAGCCAGAAAGGCCCCCUGCACCUUAUUCUCUCAUUCCACUAUCUGCGCCGCCUGCAGAAAAUGAAAAUGUUGCAACUACAAGCAAAGGGCAACUUCCAGCUAUGAGUCCUUCAUCUCCAAAAGCUCACUCUCUACCACAUGAAGCUCCUCCUGUGUAUACCCCUCAAGCUACUGAUGGACACUAUACUGUAUCUUACGGUACAGACUCGGGGGAGUUUUCAUCAGUUGGAGAGGACUACUACACAAAAUGUACUCAGCCACCUGCCCUUGAAAGUCUAGGAGUAGAUGCAGAUGAAUUGAUCCUGAUUCCCCAAGGAGUACAGAUAUUCUUUGUGAGUCCUGAUGGGCAGGUUAGUGCUCCUUCGUAUCCUGGAUACCUGCGCAUUGUGAAGUUCUUGGACACUGAUGGUGCAAUGGCCCAGAAUCGUCCCCCUGCGUUUCUUCAGGUUUGUGAUUGGCUGUAUCCUCUUAUGUGCAACCAGUCUCCUGUUCUGUGCUGUAAUACUGGAGUCUACAUGUUCCCAGAUUUGAUGUCGCAGGUGCCAGGAUCCCACGUGGGAGUAGUGCUAUCUUCAGAACUCCCAGCAGCUGACAGAGAGCUUUUUGAAGAUCUGUUAAAACAGAUGUCUGACCUCAGAGUCCAGGUGCCAAGAUCCCAUGAGGGAGUAGGAUUAUCUUCAGAACUUGCAGCAGCUGACAGAGAACAUUAUGAGGAUAUGUUAAAACAGAUGUCUGACCUCAGAGUCCAGGCUUUGGAAGCUUCAAGUGAUGUGAUUAACCUGGCCCAGACUGUACGCAUCCAACCAGAGCCUGAAGGAGGAGAGAGAGAAAGAGAGUUACCUGAGUGGAGUGAGAAAGUAGCCCAUGGAAUCUUGUCAGGAGCAUCCUGGUUGAGUUGGGGUUUGGUCAAGGGAGCAGAAUAUACCGGCAAAGCCAUCCACAAAGGAGCUUCCAAAUUGCGAGAACACAUUGAGCCAGAAGAAAAACCUUUGGAAGUAAAUCCAACUGUAGCAAAGGGGCUGCAUGUAGCAAAACAAGCAACUGGAGGAGCUGUAAAAGUCAGCCGGUUUUUGGUUGAAGGGGUGUGUUCAAUAGCAAGCAGUAUUGGAAAAGAGUUAGCCCCACAUGUGAAGAAGCAUGGGAGUAAAUUGGUUCCUGAGUCGCUUAAGAAAGACAAAGAUGGAAAGUCCACUUUUGAUGGUGCCAUGGUUGUAGCAGCAAGUGGAAUUGAAGGGUUUUCAACAGUAUGGCAAGGUUUGGAAAGUGCAGCAAAAUGCAUUGCUAAUAGUGUUUCAACCGAGACUGUUCGCACUGUCCAGCACAAAUAUAAAAAUAGGAAACAUGGAGAUCAGCUAUCAACAGCCACUAAGAGUGACAAGCAAUAAGUAGCUAAAUUUUGCAGUUAACUAAAACUUACAGUAUUUGAUGAUUGAAGAUUCCCCCUCAUCUCUUGCAUUUGGCUCUAUCCAAACAUGUUUUAAAAUCCUACAAGAGAUCUUUUUAAGCUGGUUUCAGUUUAGGUGGCAGAACUGUCUUUUCUAUAAGACAACUGUAAAAAUCAGCAUAAUGGACGUUAAAGGAACACUGUCAGGUUUCCACCAAGCUACAAGUGUUCUGGACGUGAAUGUAGCUGCAGAACUUCUAGCUCUGUUUGGGUGCAAGUUAAGUAAGUGGCCUCUAACUACUUAGGUUCUUAUAUCAGUGUCCUUCAUUCUAGUAUCUGAGUGCCUCUUGACACAUUUAAAAACAAAAACUCUCUCAGCUGAGGCACUCAAAUUUUGAGCUGGGGUGAAGAAUCAAUUUAUCAAAUCUUGUAUAUAGGGCUUAGGAAGAAAGCUAAAUUGACUACACUUUGGCAUUGGAUGUACCAUAAUCAGUACAGCUACCUGUUGCAGUGAUGCUGUGGCAAAUUUAUUUAGUGUAUCAAUGGAGGAAAUAACUAAUCAAACUGGCAAAUAUUUACUCCUUGCUGUCAACUAAUUCUGUGAUCUGCAAAUUAGACCAUAAUCAUGACUAAGGCUGCUACUCUAUUAACAGAGCAUAUUAAAUACAAAUGAGGUUUUUUUCUCACUUAGUUUCAGUGCUUGGUCCAGCCCUCAGUAGACAGGGCUGCUCUUCUCAUAUUAGAUAGGAGAACCAAAGUCUGGGUCCUUAACAUAAUACAUUGCCUCCACCCAAAAAACAAACAAACAAAAAAAACAAACAAAAAUCUCUCUCUGAGCUGGGUCUUGCAGGAGGCUCAGCCCAGAUGGUGAAGCAAAGGUGGUUUAGCACUGCUGGGAUUCUGGGAUCACCAAGACUCUUUCUGGCCUGCUCUUAUUUAUGCAUGGCGACAAUGCAUCCGAAGGGGCUGUGUGGCAACUUGGAACAGCUGGAUUGCUGAGUGCUCUGGCCAUUCCCCUGUGCUGGUCCAAUACAGGGAUGUGUUAUGCUGGCCCUACCUUGCUGGAGAAAUUCCUAAAUGGGGAGAUCUGGUUGCUUACCUGCCUCUUUCGGCUAUAGAAGCAGUGUAAAGAGGCUGGAACGCAGCCCAGGACUGAGACCUAUCUUUGAGUAUGCUGGACUAAUACCGCCCCUUGCCAGGAUCUUCUGAUACCAGGACACUACUGGCUGAUGCUUUCCAACUAGUAGAACUACUCUCUCUUCCCAUUGUUCUGUCUUCAAUUCAUCUCACUUCCUUUUAUUCACACCUGUAGGGGAACAGUUAGAUUUUUUUCUUCGCCCAAUACCAUUUACACCAGUGGUUCUCAACUAUUGUACUGGUUGACUCCCUUUCA